AUGGCUGGACUACCCCCGCGUACGCCUAAACGUUCGCUCCCCAUUCCUACUAUGCCUGAUAUCGGACCAUCCCCGAUUCAAAAAAAGGGUUGCACCAGCGCACCUACAGAUCUUGCCACUGAAGGCCAGAAACACCUCAUGCUCGAUGACCUGCAGGAGACUGUUCCGCAGGUAGACUGGGCGUUCUUCGAGGACAACAUUCUCCCUCCUCUGCCUACCUCCGUUAACUUGGAUGACAUCGUAACCAAUCUGGUGGAGAAGCAAGCCGUCGCACAUAUGCACGGCCAGAUGGUAUGGGCGAAAUUUGAGCUGGGCUCUCCCAAACUCUAUCAAGGUGGCGAGGAUGCUAUCUUUCGCAGAAUGGUGUCAGUUGUCGCCGCAGUCAAGGAUGCGACAGGAGACACGAAGAAGGCCAGGAGGCUGUUUCGUUGCAAUCCCAAUGCAACUCCUACGUCCGAGACCAGGGACAACAACACAAGACCAGACGGCUACUACGUGCGAAACGAUGUGGCCGCGAAAGACAGGAUUCCUCGCUGGAGUAACAUCAUCGUUCCUGCGGAGUUCAAGAUCCACGAUAGACAUGAAGACGUCAAUAGAAACUGGGCGCAAAUCCUAUGGUCACUUAACCACCUGAUGCGAGAAGACCCGACCCGUCGGUUCGCGAUUGGGUUCACGAUCGAGAACACUAACAUGCGUUUAUGGUUCGCCAGCCGGUCCGACGUCUUAGUCUCUUUGCCCGUCAACUUCAUCACGGGAAUCAGGCGCGUAUCCGAGUUCUUCUUGCGCAUAUUCUACGCCGAAGACUAUCAGCUCGGCUUUGACGAAAGUAUGAAACGUCUUGAUACUCUCGAUGCUUCGGGACGUGUCCAGUACGACAUUCGAGUCAACGAGACGAUGUACCGAACUCAGCGGCUCGUCUCCUCCAUAGGCGUCGAAACGAUUCGCGGUCGAGGCACGCGCGUAUGGGAGGUGAAGGAGCUGGACGGGCACGGGAAGGAAAAGCCGGGCUCCGUCAUCGUCAAGGACUCAUGGGGAGACAAGAAGAGGCGUCGAGAAGAGGACAUCAAUAAGGACAUCCGCGACACCGAGACUAUCGACGAACAACACUCGCAGGUGCUCAAUGGAUGCUUACUCACUUGUCUCAAUUCCUGGGACGUCACGGUCGACACAUCCACUGGCCGGAAGAUUGACAGCACUCGCGAGGUUAUGUUCUGCGGGAACGACCCGACAUACCUUGACACGGUCAAGGUGAAGAAGGAUCUCGAUGCGAGUAAGCGGGUUGCCCCGAAACUCCCGGCACAAGGAACCUUGUCGCAGUUGAGUACGAUUGAGCCUAGUCGCUUCGUGUACGGCGAGAAGAUUUAUCAUCGCGUCGUAUUUGCGGAGGUGGGCACAACGAUCAUAGAGGCGCAGACCCUCUCCCAGGUCUUCAAAUUUUUAUCCAAUAUUGCCAUAGCUCUUUAUGGCCUUCACAGCGCCGGCUGGGUCCACCGCGACAUCAGUGCCGGUAAUAUCAUCAUACACGAGAAGGACGCGAAGCUCGGGGAUGUGGAAUAUGCGAAACAAGAAGCUGAUGACACCCGUCACGAUGUGCGGACGGGCACUGUGUUCUUCAUGGCGGCCGAAGUGGACAGUGGCGAAUACCUCCUUCUCGCUCAGCCGAACCGUACCGGAUUGGUUCCCAUUCCGGAAGGAAAUAUCAUCGAACCGAAACGACGGAAAACAUUCAGGCUACCUACUUUCAGCGAUGAACAGAAGCCCGGACCUUCGCACGGACCAGUCUGCGAGCCAGCCGACAUGCCACAGCAGCCCAAGAUAAUAUUUAAGCAUAAUCCUCUGCACGAUCUGGAGUCGCUGUUCUGGCUAGCAGUGUACCUUGUUCUCUGCACAGUGCUCGAGCGGCCCCCUGACACCUUGGAGGGCGACUGGCAGAAGUAUACAGAUGCACAUGACAAGCUCGCCGCGGAGCUCUUCCAUGACAUUGUCGCGAGAAUCACCGUCGUGACCACCGACUGGGGCUUCGCGCCCAGGCUGAAUGGCCUCCACCCGCGCGUCCGCGCGAUCUGCCAGGAGCUUGAGGUCGUCCGUUCGGCGCUGACGCAGGCAUACAAGUUGGCCGAGCGUGACCCGUCCUAUCUCACCUUCGAAGCGAUCAUGUCCAUCGAGCUGGCGCUGCCCUCGGACCCAGAAACUUCCAUGCCCCUGCACCACCUGUUCGCGUCUCAGUUCUGGUCGAUCUCUGGCCAGCUUGGCGGAGAGCACGACAUCAAGUUUGAGAAGCGUCUCAGCCUCUCUGGACAGAGGCAGCUGAUGGAAGCUCUCCUGGCCAAGGAGACUGCGACAAAAGUCUCCGGCUCGCGGGCCGGUCAGGACGUCGAGUCAGAAGAGUCGAGCCGUCCACGGAAAAAGACCAAGGUUCUCAACCCGGCUGCUCGCGAAGCGUCCGAACGAUAUAGACAGAGGCUCCGGAAGCCGGGGCCUGUCAGUGCGAAUGCGGUCGGGUUGUGA